AUGGAUCCAAACGAUAUUGAUAAUUAUAGUUAUAAUAGUUAUGAUAGUAAUAAUAAUAAAAAAUCUAAAAUUUCAUUUUUAGAUACAAGAAAACGAAAAGAACAAGAGGAAGAAGAAGAAAUAUUAAAUGAAGAGCCAAAAGAUAUAGAUUUUACAGAUAUAAAUACAGAACAAAACGAUGAUUUAAUUAAAAGAGAUUUGGUAUUUUGGGGUACUAAUGUUAAAGUUGAAGAUGUCAAAAAGAGAUUUAGAAAGUUUAUAUUUGAAUUCCCAUUACCAAAGCAAAAGAAAAAGUUUAAUGCAAGCCAACCAGGUAUUGAAGAAGAAGUGGAUCCAGAAGAUGACGACUAUGAAUAUGUUUUUGACGAGAAAUUAAACGAUGUUGUAAAAAAAGCAAAGCCAAUCAAAUAUUUAUAUAUAGAGUUAUUAAAAGAGUUACAUCAAGCAAAGAAAUAUCACUUAAAUGUAAAUUUAAAGAAUUUAAUUCAAUUUGAUACAGAGUUAUAUUUGCAAUGGAUUUCGUUCCCCAAUGAAAUGAUACCUUUGCUAGAUGAAGAAAUUAAUCAAAUCUAUAAAGAAUUAUUUAAAAAAAAGAAGCAAGAAGAUGAAGAAGAUGAAGAUGACGAAGACGAAGAAGAGGAUGAUGAAGACGACGACGACUUUAGAAUCGAAUUACAUCCAUUUAAUUUAAAGAAAUCCACACCAAUGAGAGAUUUAAAUCCAUCCGAUAUAGACAAAAUCAUUUCAAUUAGAGGUUUAAUUAUUAGAACAAGUUCCAUUAUACCAGAAAUUAAACAAGCUUUUUUUUUAUGUGCCGUUUGUGAGGCCACUUAUCAUGCUAAUGUUGAAAGAGGUAGAAUUAUGGAGCCAUCAGAAUGUGCAAAUUGUAAAUCAAAGCAAUCACUCACUAUAGUUCAUAAUCGUUGUUUAUUUGGUGACAAGCAAUAUAUAAAGUUACAAGAAACUCCUGAUGCAAUUCCAGAGGGUGAGACUCCACAUACCGUUGCUUUAUUCUCUUAUGGUGACCUUAUUGAUGUUGCUAGACCUGGUGAUAGAGUCGAAAUUUCUGGUGUUUUCAAAGCGAAUCCAAUGAGAGCCGGUUCAAAUAGAUCUUUAAGAAGUAUUUAUAAAACUUAUAUUGAUGUCUUACAUAUUAAAAGAACUGAAAGAGGUAAAAGAGAUGAAGAUGGUUUUGAAAAUGAUGAUCAAGCUACAGGUAGUUCAUUAGAUUUUGAGGAUUUUGAUUUAUCAGAAGAAAAAGAAAAAGAAAUAAUAGAAUUAUCAAAACAACCAGAUAUUUAUGAUAUCGUUACAAAAUCAUUAGCACCAUCAAUUUGGGAAUUAGAAGAUGUAAAGAAAGGUAUUUUAUGUCAAUUAUUUGGGGGUUCUAAAAAGACAUAUUCAGACUAUGGUGGUAAAUUCAGAGGGGAUAUUAAUAUUUUAUUAUGUGGUGAUCCAGGUACAUCCAAAUCGCAAUUACUUUCAUAUGUUCACAAAAUUGCACCACGUGGUAUUUAUACUUCUGGCAAAGGUAGUAGUGCAGUUGGUUUAACAGCAUAUAUAACAAAAGAUCCAGAUACCAGAGAAACUGUACUCGAAAGUGGUGCUUUAAUCCUCUCAGAUAAAGGUGUGUGUUGUAUUGAUGAGUUUGAUAAAAUGAAUGACCAAACUCGUUCAAUUCUUCACGAAGUUAUGGAACAGCAAACUGUAUCUGUUGCAAAGGCAGGAAUUAUUUGUACAUUAAACGCUAGAACUUCAAUUCUUGCCUCUGCAAAUCCAAGUGGUAGUAGAUAUCUUCCAAAUAAAUCUGUUGUUGAAAAUAUUCAAUUACCUCCAACUCUUUUAUCCAGAUUCGAUUUAAUUUAUUUAGUGUUGGAUAAAGCUCAAGAAGCAAGCGAUAGAAAACUUGCAAGACAUUUGGUAUCAAUGUAUUGGGAUGAUCAAUCAACUUCAACACGUAAAAAUCAAGUUAUCUCAAAAGAACUUUUAACCAACUAUAUCUAUUAUGCCAGAAAGCAUAUUAAUCCACAACUAUCAGAUGAAUCAUCAAAUCGUUUGGUUCAAGGUUAUUUAGAUAUGAGAUCACUUGGUGGCAAUGGUAAAACUAUUAGUGCCACUCCCAGACAAUUAGAAUCAUUAAUUCGUAUCGCCGAAGCUCAUGCUAGAAUUCGUUUCUCAAAAGUUGUUGAACCAUUCGAUGUUGACGAAGCUAUACGUCUAGUUAAGGUUGCACUUCAACAAGCUGCCAUCGACCCAGAACAUGGUACAAUCGAUAUGGAUCUUAUUACCACUGGUAGAUCUGCAUCAUCAAGAGAAAUGAUUUAUAAAUUAAAAAAUACAAUUAGAGAAAAGCUUGGUAAGAAAUCACUAAAUUUAGAAGCUAUUUUAAAUCUUUUACAACCUCAAUCACAACAACAACAACAGCAACCACAACAACAAAACCACCAGCAAAAUUACCAACACAUUGAAGAGGUUAAAGAAGCUUUAAGACAACUUCAAGAUGAAGAAGUUAUACACUCAUCAGGCGGUGUUAAUGCUGAAUAUUCAAUUUUAAGAUAA